UAAAUAAAUAAAAAUGUAAUUGAUAUUCUGUGAAUAACAUUUUUUUCGAUUAUAUGUAUCAAGAAAUGUAUUUUGAAGUUUGAUAUUUUGUAACUUUGAUUGGUUCACAUAUGUAUAUAACCAAUUGGUGUCGUAUCUGGUUAUGCAAAGAAAAAGAAAAUUAAGGACUAAAAUCUUGACAUAAGCCGACGUUUGAAUAAUCAGUACUGUUCGUAGUACUUAAGAAAGAAAUGCGGGUUGGAAAUUUGGUGAACCAAAAAGCAUAUUUAUGUCGGAUUUAUGGUACAUAUAAAGCGAUAUGGACUGAAUAUGAAUUGCAUAAAAUGUAAACGAUUUAUUUAAUUCGAACGAUGUAAGGAGGAAAUGAUGUAAAAGAUAUAAUUAUGAUUGGUUGCUACUAAAUUAUAGUCUGAAUAAAUUAUUACACAAAGUAUUAAUAUGAGUAACGUUGCUUCACAAAAUAUCUCACUAAGAUCAUUAUUAACACUUAAUAACAAUGAUUGUAAAGAAUUUGUUUGUGGAUGGGGUGCUGCAGUAAUUAAUGUAUCUAUUACUUUUCCUAUUAAUAAGAUUAUAUUUAGACAGAUUUUAGAAGAUGUUCCAGCCAAUACUGCGUUUCGUCAGAUAUCUAAAGAGGGAAUAAGAUUACUAUACCGUGGGAUCUUACCACCCUUUUGUCAGAAAACUCUUUCGGUUAGUGUAAUGUUUAGUAUGUAUGAAGGUUGUAAAGAACGUCUGUGCACAUUAACAAAUAAUGAUAUAUUAAGUAGAAUAAUAGCAGCGCAUUUUGCUGGUACUGUUGAGGCUAUACUUAUGCCCCUUGAAAGAGUACAAACAUUGCUCCAGGAUUGGCGGUAUCAUGAUAAAUUUAAAAAUACUUCGCAUGCAUUUAAAUAUUUAUUAAAAAAUUAUGGUAUAUCAGAAUGUUAUCGUGGGUUAGUACCAAUUAUAUACAGAAAUAGUUGUUCCAAUCUCAUGUUCUUUAUUCUCAAAGAACAAUCAAAAAGAUACAUUGGUGAACAAGAGUCAUUAUUUACAAGUUUUAUUAAUGGUGCUUUAAUAGGUGGUUUCACAAGUACUGUAUUUUAUCCUAUAAAUGUAAUAAAAAUACAUAUGCAGUCAAAAAUAGGUGGUAAUUUUGAGAAAUUUAUGACAGUUAUUCGUGAAGUAUAUAUCGCAAGAGAUAGAAGAGUAAUAUCAUUUUACAAAGGUGUGCAUUUAAAUUGUAUGCGAUCAUUUAUAAGUUGGGGAGUUAUAAAUGCAUCUUAUGAUUUUCUAAAAACAAUCAUGUUUUCAUAAUAAAUUUAUGUGAAAAGUAUUUAAAGAGAAAUGCUUAUAUGUUGUUUAAUGCGUAAUUUCGCAGAUAGUAUUUUUUGAUUAAAUCUGUUAAUUGCAAUUUUUUCUUACAAUAAAACAGUGUGCAGGAGAAAUAAAAUUUUUGCUAUUGUUAUAAAAAUGUGAAAUAAUUUUUUAUCUUAACAGAUGAAAGCAAAUUAUAAUUAAUAAACUAAUUAUAUAAAGUAACUUGUAUAAAGAAAAUAUAAGUUAUAAAGGAAGUUGUGUAGAUUAAUUUUCUUAUUCAUUGUUAAUAAAAAAUGAACGCUCUUCUGUUUAAUCAUGCAUUGAUAAAUAAAACCUCAAUAGCACAAUAAACGGCGGAGAAAUUUGCAUUAUAUAUAUUCUUUAGAUAUGUUUCGAUGUAACUGUGUAUUAUUCUACUGUUAGAAUACUUAUACCUUAAUAAAAAUUUUAUAUUUUCUAUGCUG